AUGGCAGGGGGCGGCCGCUGGCAGCCCCUGUUGUGCAUCCUCCUCGCUCUCCAGGGGACCCCCGGCGCCGGGGCUCAAGAUGACGUUUCGCCAUAUUUCAAAACGGAGCCGGUCCGGAGCCAGGUCCACCUGGAAGGGAACCGCUUGGUCCUGACCUGCAUGGCCGAGGGCAGCUGGCCACUGGAGUUCAAGUGGCUUCACAACAACAAGGAGCUGACCAAGUUCUCUCUGGAAUACAGGUACAUGAUCACAUCACUGGACCGCACCCAUGCCGGCGUCUACCGCUGCAUCGUCCGCAAUCGGAUGGGGGCCCUCUUGCAAAGGCAGACGGAAGUCCAGGUGGCAUACAUGGGCAGCUUCGAGGAGAGCGAGACGCACCAGAGCGUGUCCCACGGCGAAGCAGCCGUCAUCCACGCCCCCCGCAUCGCCAGCUUCCCCCAGCCCCAGGUCACCUGGUUCCGGGACGGCCGGAAAAUCCCCCCCAGCAGCCGCAUAGCCAUCACGCUGGAGAACACCCUGGUCAUCCUGUCGACGGUGGCGCCCGAUGCCGGCCGGUACUACGUGCAGGCCGUGAACGACAAGAACGGGGAUAACAAGACCAGCCAGCCCAUCACUCUCACCGUGGAGAAUGUCGGCGGCCCGGCCGAUCCCAUCGCUCCCACCAUCAUCAUCCCGCCCAGGAACACCAGCGUGGUGGCCGGCACCUCGGAAGUGACCAUGGAGUGCGUGGCCAACGCCAGGCCGCUGAUGAAGCUGCACAUCGUCUGGAAGAAGGACGGGGCGCCGCUCUCCAGCGGGCUCAGCGACUACAACCGCCGGCUCACCAUCCUCAACCCCACGCUGGGCGACAGCGGGUACUACGAGUGUGAGGCCGUACUGCGCAGCAGCAGCGUGCCCGCCGUGGCGGAGGGCGCCUUCCUCGCCGUGCUGGAGCCGCCCCAGUUUGUCCAGGAGCCGGAGAGGCACGUCACGGCCGAGAUGGAGAAGGUGGUGACCAUCCCUUGCCAGGCCAAAGGCGUCCCGCCGCCAGCCAUGGCCUGGUACAAGGACGCGGCCCUCGUGCACGUGGAGAAGCUCUCGCGGUUCCGGCUGCUGGGCGACGGGAGCUUGCAGAUCAGCGGGCUGGUGCCCGAUGACACCGGCAUGUUCCAGUGCUUCGCCCGCAACGCCGCCGGCGAGGUGCAGACCUCCACGUACCUGGCAGUGACCAGCAUCGCUCCCAACAUCACCAAGGGCCCCCUGGACAGCACCGUGAUCGACGGCAUGUCCGUGGUUCUCAGCUGCGAGACCUCGGGGGCGCCGAGGCCGGCCAUCACCUGGCAGAAAGGGGAGCGGAUCCUGGCCAGCGGCUCGGUGCAGCUGCCGCGCUUCACCCUGCUGGAGUCGGGCAGCCUCCUCGUCAGCCCCACGCACAUCGCCGAUGCCGGCAGCUACACCUGCUUGGCCACCAACUCCCGUGGGGUGGACGAGGCCUCUGCGGACCUCGUCGUGUGGGCCCGCACCCGCAUCACCAACCCCCCUCAGGACCAGAGCGUCAUCAAGGGAACCAAAGCCUCCAUGAGCUGCGGCGUCACCCACGACCCCAGCGUGGCCGUCAGGUACAUCUGGGAGAAGGACGGCGCACCCGUCAGCGUGGACGGCAUCCCGCGGCUCCGGCUGGACGAGGAGGGCACCCUGCACAUCUCCCAGACCUGGUCCGGGGACAUCGGCACCUACACCUGCCGGGUCCUCUCCGCCGGGGGCAACGACUCCCGCAGCGCCCACCUGCGCGUCAGGCAGCUCCCCCAUGCCCCGGAGAACCCGGUGGCCGCGCUGAGCCCGCUGGAGAAACGUGCCAUCAACCUGACGUGGGCCAAGCCCUUCGACGGGAACAGCCCCUUGCUGCACUACAUCCUUGAGGUCUCGGAGAACAACGCCCCCUGGACCACCCUCAUGGCUAGCGUGGACCCUGAGGCGACCUCCGUGGUGGUGCGAGGCCUGGUGCCCGCGCGCUCCUACCAGUUCCGCCUCUGCGCUGCCAACGACGUGGGCAAAGGGCAGUUCAGCCAGGACACCGAGAGGGUGUCCCUGCCGGAGGAGCCCCCCACCGCGCCCCCCCAGAACGUCAUCGCCAGCGGCAGGACCAACCAGUCCAUCAUGAUCCAGUGGCAGCCGCCUCCUGAGAGCCACCAGAACGGCCUCUUGAAAGGCUACCUCAUCAGGUUCUGCCUGGCCGGCCUGCCCGUCGGCUAUCAGUUCAAGAACAUCACCAAUGCCGAGGUCAACAACCUGCUCCUGGAGGAUCUCAUCAUCUGGACCAACUACGAGAUCGAGGUGGCGGCGUACAACAGCGCCGGCCUGGGGGUCUACAGCGCCAGGGUGACCGAGUGGACCCUGCAGGGAGUUCCCACCGUGCCCCCGGGCAACGUACAGGCCGAGGCCACCAACGCCACCACCAUCCGCUUCACCUGGAACCCGCCCAGCCCCCAGUUCAUCAAUGGCAUCAACCAGGGAUACAAGCUGAUCGCUUGGGAGCCGGAGCAGGCGGAGGAGGUGACCGUGGUGACGGUGAGGCCCAACUUCCAGGACAGCAUCCACGUGGGCUACAUCGGGGGCCUGAAGAAGUUCACGGAGUACUUCACCUCCGUGCUGUGCUUCACCACGCCGGGCGACGGCCCGCGCAGCCCGCCGCAGCUGGUGCGCACCCACGAGGACGCGCCUGGCCCCGUGGGGCACCUCAGCUUCAGCGACAUCCUGGACACGUCGCUGAAGGUCAGCUGGCAGGAGCCCCUGGAGAAGAACGGCAUCCUGACCGGCUACCGGAUCUCCUGGGAGGAAUACAACCGCACAAACACACGGGUGACGCACUACCUGCCCAACGUCACCCUGGAGUACCGCGUCACCGGCCUCACCGCCCUCACCACCUACACCAUCGAGGUGGCCGCCAUGACAUCCAAGGGGCAGGGCCAGCUGUCCUCCUCCACCAUCUCCUCCGGGGUCCCUCCAGAGCUCCCCGGCGCGCCGACCAAUCUGGGUAUCUCCAACAUCGGCCCGCGCUCCGUCACGCUCCAGUUCAGGCCGGGCUACGACGGGAAGACCUCCAUUUCCCGCUGGCUGGUGGAAGCUCAGGUGGGUCAGAUCGGCGAGAACGAGGAGUGGGAGCUUGUUCACCAGCUGGCCAAUGACCCCGACGCCCGCUCCAUGGAGGUGCCCAACCUCCACCCGUACAUGUACUACAGCUUCCGCCUGCGGCAGGUGAACAUCGUGGGCACCAGCCCGCCCAGCGUGCCCUCCAGGAGGAUGCAGACCCUGCAGGCUCCCCCGGACGUGGCGCCCGCCAAUGUCACCCUGCGGACGGCCAGCGAGACCAGCCUGUGGCUGCGCUGGAUGCCGCUCCCGGAGCUGGAGUACAACGGGAACCCGGAGUCGGUGGGCUACAGGCUGCGGUACACUCGGGCGGACGGGCGGGACAGGACGGUGGCGCACGUGAUCCACGACCGGGUGGAGCGGGAAUACACCAUCGAGGACCUGGAGGAGUGGACGGAGUACCGCGUGCAGGUGCAGGCCUUCAACGCCAUCGGGGCCGGGCCCUGGAGCCACGUCGUGCUGGGGCGUACCAGGGAGUCAGUCCCCUCGUCCGGCCCCACCAACGUGUCCGCGCUGGCCACCACCUCCAGCAGCAUGCUGGUCCGAUGGAACGAGAUCCCUGAGGCGGAUCGCAACGGGCUCAUCCUGGGCUACAAGGUCGUGUACAAGGAGAAGGACUCGGACGCGCGGGCCCGGUUCUGGCCGGCGGAGGGGAACGCCUCCCGCAGCGCCCAGCUCGCGGGCCUGGGCAAGUACGUGCUGUACGAGAUCCGUGUGCUGGCCUUCACCCGGAUCGGAGACGGCGCGCCCAGCUCCCCGCCCAUCCUGGAGAGGACUCUGGACGACGUGCCCGGGCCCCCGGUGGGCAUCCUCUUCCCAGAAGUGAGGACCACCUCAGUCCGGCUGAUCUGGCAGCCUCCAGCCGCGCCUAACGGCAUCAUUCUAGCGUACCAGAUCACCCACCGCCUGAACACCACCAGCGCCAACGCCGCCACCGUGGAGGUGCUCAACCCCAGCGCCCGCCAGUACACGGCCGCCGGCCUGCAGCCGGAGUCGACCUACCUCUUCCGCAUCACGGCGCAGACCCGCAAAGGCUGGGGCGAGGCGGCCGAAGCGCUGGUGGUGACCACCGAGAAGAGAGACCGCCCGCAGCCCCCCAGCAAGCCCGUGGUGCAGCAGGAGGACGUGAAGGCCCGCAGUGUGCUGCUGUGCUGGGAGCCAGGCAGCGACGGCUUCUCCCCGGUCCGGUACUACACCGUGCAGACCCGCGAGCUGCCGGCUGGCGAGUGGACACUGCACUCCGCCUCCGUCAGCCACAAUGCCACCUCCUUCGUUGUGGACAGGUUGAAGCCCUUCACCUCCUACAAGUUCCGCGUCAAGGCGACCAACGACAUCGGGGACAGCGAAUACAGCCAGGAGUCGGAGUCACUCACCACCCUGCAGGCCGCCCCAGAGGAAGCCCCCACCAUCCUCUCGGUGACGCCUCACACCACCACCUCCAUCCUGAUCCGCUGGCAGCCCCCCAACGAGGACAAGAUCAAUGGGAUCCUGCUGGGGUUCCGGAUCCGCUACCGCGAGCUGGUCUACGACGGGCUGCGCGGCUUCACCACGCGCAGCGUCAGCAGCCCCGGCGCCAAGUGGAUGGAGCUCACCCCAGGGUACGCCGUGCGGAACCUGACCGGAGCCGGCCUCACGCACCACCAACUGGACAAUCUGAGCAAGCACAGGCGCUACGAGAUCCGCAUGAGUGUGUACAACGCCGCGGGCGAGGGGCCCUCCAGCCCCCCCCAGGAGGUCUUCGUAGGCGAGGCGGUGCCCACUGCCCCGCCGCAGAACGUGGCCGUUCAGACCGCCACGGCCACCCAGCUGGAUGUCACGUGGGAGCCGCCGCCCCUGGAGGCGCAGAACGGCGACAUCCAGGGCUAUAAGAUCUAUUUCUGGGAGGCCCAGCGCCAGAAUGGCACGGAGCGGGUGAAGACGCUCUUCCUGCCCGAGAAUGGGGCCAAGCUGAAGAACCUCACGGGAUACACCUCGUACCUGAUCACCGUCUCGGCCUUCAACGCCGCCGGGGACGGGCCUCGCAGCGCCCCCGUCAGGGGCAGGACGCAGCAGGCAGCCCCCAGCGCCCCCAGCACCAUCCGGUUCAGCGAGCUGACCACCACCUCGGUGAACGUCUCCUGGGAGCCGCCUCUCCUGCCCAACGGCAUCCUGGAAGGGUACAGGCUGGUCUAUGAGCCCUGCACGCCUGUGGACGGCGUGAGUAAGAUCGUGACGGUGGACGUGAAGGGGAACAGCCCCCUGUGGAUGAAGGUGAAGGACCUGGCGGAGGGCGUGACGUACCGGUUCCGGAUCCGGGCCAAAACCUUCGCCUACGGGCCCGAGAUCGAGGCCAAUAUCACCACGGGGCCGGGGGAAGGUGCCCCCGGACCGCCGGGCGAACCCUUCAUCUCCCGGUACGGCUCAGCCAUCACGAUCCACUGGGCGAAUGGGGAUCCCGGCAAGGGGCCCAUCACCCGAUACGUCAUCGAGGCCCGGCCCUCAGACGAGGGGCUGUGGGACAUCCUCAUCAAGGACAUCCCCAGGGAGGUGACCUCCUACACCUUCAGCAUGGACAUCCUCAAGCAGGGGGUCAGCUACGACUUCCGGGUCAUCGCCGUCAACGACUAUGGCUAUGGGACGCCCAGUGCACCCUCCCCUUCCGUCUCAGCCCAGAAAGCCAACCCCUUCUACGAGGAGUGGUGGUUCCUGGUGGUCAUCGCCUUGGUCGGGCUCAUCUUCAUCCUCCUGCUGGUCUUCGUCCUCAUCAUCCGCGGGCAGAGCAAGAAGUAUGCCAAGAAAUCAGACUCAGGCCUGUCUCGGGGAGCAGGCAGGUCCGGGAGGGUCGGCCCAGGAGUCUGAGCUGGUCCCGUAGCCGGGUGUGUGAUGUGCGGGUUCCCCCCGGGGCGGGGCGCUGCCCCAGCUGAUGGCUCCCCUCCUGCUCCGACAGGGAACAACUCCAAGGCGAACGCGCUGAGCCACGGGGAGAUGGUGAGUCUGGACGAGGGCAGCUUCCCUGCCUUGGAGCUCAACAACCGGCGCCUCUCCGUCAAGAACUCCUUCUGCAGGAAGAACGGGAUCUACACCAGAGCUUCCGUGUCCCUGCCGAGGUCCCCGCCGCGGCCCAGCCCCGGGAGCCUGCAUUACUCCGACGAGGACGUCACCAAGUACAACGACCUCAUCCCGGCCGAGAGCAGCAGCCUGACAGAGAAGCCCUCGGAGAUCUCGGACUCCCAGGGGAGCGACAGCGAGUACGAAGUGGAUCAGAACCAGCAGAAGGCCCACUCCUUCGUCAACCACUACAUCAGCGACCCCACCUACUACAACUCCUGGCGGCGCCAGCAGAAGGGCAUCUCCCGGGCCCAGGCCUACAGCUACACGGAGAGCGAUUCCGGCGACCCCGACCACUGCCCCUUGUCCAACAGCACCAGCACCCAGCAAGGCAGCCUCUUCCGGCCCAAAGUCAGUAGGACUCCAACCCCCCAGACGCCCGUCAACCCCCCCAACCAGCAGAGCACCCUGUACCGCCCCCCCAGCAGCCUGGCGCCGGGCUCUCGAGCCCCCAUUGCAGGAUUUUCUUCUUUUGUUUGA